AAGGAAACAUGUUAAACAUCACCAGUCCAUAAAAGAUGACUUUUAAUGAUCUGCUGGUUUUAACCACUGAAAAACUGGUUCCCAAUGAAGUGACUGAAUAUCUCCUGUCCUACAGCUUUGCUUACUGUCAGUGUCACUCACUUUCCUUUUUCACCCUUUUCAACCACUCCCAUCCCACCUCCCACAGAUGAUGAUGUGGACCUGGAGCAGCUGGUGAAUGACAUGAAUUCCUCCAUGGAGAGUGUGUACUCUACGCAGGCAGACACUGCGCUGCUCCUGAACAACGGCCAUGCGCACCCUUCACACCACCACCACAUACACCCUGCCUACACGGGACAUGGCCAGGCCCACCGUCGUCACACCCCGCCCCUGCCUCCUUCCUCCCCCUCCAGGGAGAGGCUGCGGCACUCUCAGCCGAUGCACAUCCAGGCCGUCAGAUUAUUGCUCUGUUUAGCAGGUGUAUCGCAGUCCCUGUUUGGUCCAAGAUAGCUAAAUGCUAACCGCUGUUAGCAGGUACGUGUAUUUGAUUUUCAAUAA